UGCCCUGCCAAGGAUAUGAUUGCAGGUACGGUCCUCCCCUCUCUUUUAACGGGAUAGUUUACAGUUCAGUUUGCAGCAGCUUGCUUGCUGGAACAUGAUGAACGACAACAGCAGCAGGGGAAGUGGAGCCGAGGCCACCCAUCCUGAUGCUCAGUCCGGUAGACCACCCCUCCUGAACAUGAACCACUAUGCCAAUAAGAAGAGCGCAGCUGAGAGCAUGCUGGAUAUGGCUCUGCUGAUGGCCAAUGCCUCCCAGCUGAAAGCUGUGAUGGAGCAGGGAGCAAAAAUUUCCUUUUACAUCCCCGUCGUCGUCCUAAUUGCCAUCUCUCUUUGUCUGCAAGUCACGGUUGGGAUCCUGUUAAUCUUCACAGUACGAUGGAACCUCGACGAUGAGCAAAAACACUGGAGGCUCAACUUAAUGGAGAACCUGGCCACGGGCCUGGUUUUUAUCAUCGUGGUUGUAAUCAUCUUUAUCACUGGCCUGGGAGUCCAUCAACCAAACCACAGCAGCUGACCAAGAACACAUAAGUAUGUUUGUUUGAUCACAUUAUCAUCACCUAAAGCCUCUAUGGUCAUUACACCCAAAUUGUCAGCAUAUUUUUGGUCUUCUGCUCCUCUGAACUAACUUCCACCAGUCUACCUGACCUAAAUACACACCGAUCCCUCCAGACUGCUGUGGAAGUUUCCACCAACAAACUAAAACAAAAUUCAGCCACUGGUCGUUUACCAGAAAAUCAUUGUCCUGCCCUGUUGCAAGCACAGCGAGAGAACAGCGAACCAAACAGAAACAACCAUGGUGGCAAAGGUGGGCUGGUGCAUCAACAACAUAUUUGUUGCUAGCGGACAAACAGAAAAGUGGACAUAACAACAGUUAGGCACAUGCGACUGUUUUCUGUCUGUCUCCCCAGCUGUCCUGCAGUGACCCACGCAGAGCCGAUGAACCCUCUCAAACCCAAAAACUGAACAGAUUUCAAUUUUAAUUGAGUUUAUGGCUCAGACCCAGAAGUAUGAUCAAUAAAGCAAAUACAUCUAUGCAGGGUGUGCCUGAUAUGCAUUAAAAUUCAGACUCCCCUUCACCAAUAUGUUGUUGUCCCAUAGUCAUUUGGCCAAAAAUAUUCAGUCGAAACAAAUGUUUGGCUUUACCCAGAAUCCAUCUGCUAUGAUCAAAGAUGGACUGUGUGUGCAGUUCUCUGGGCUGGCAGCAGCUGGUGAGUCACAGUCAACACGAAUCAGACCCCAGCAGAACUGCUUGUUAAAGUGGAGCUUCUAAUUAGGUUGUUUCAUCUGUGUCACCAACACCACAAUAAGUGACCAAGUCAGACUCCAUUUUAUGCCCUGUAGUGACUGAAACAAAGAAGAAUACAUUUUGCAUAUUUUCUACAUCAUUAUCUAAAUAAUAGUUAUGCACAGUUUUUCUUGUACAUAGCUCAUUAAUCAAAUGACUUUCGUGUUAUUUAAUUUCCCUUUGGGAUCGAUAAAGUAUUUUUGGAUUGGAGUCUUUCAGCUGUUGAGUGAAAUAAUUAUGUGUUGUUGAUUUUCUUUAAUGAGCACAAGGUGGACACUUUAUAAACAGAUACAGACAUUGUUGAAUAUUUGAUUACAUGUCACACUGUAAGACAUUAUUUGGCCCAAAAAGUAUACUUCUUCUGUAGGUCUGGUAGAUUAUUUGACCACAAGUCUUAUCAGACCAAAUAAUGCCUGCUUAAAUUGACUGGUUUCCUAUUUGGGGUCUUAAUAUUUCCAAAAACAAUUUUAAUUUAUUUAUGGUGUUAUUUUUCUCUUCAAACACUAAACUACGUCCAAGUGUCAGCAUCUGUCUGUUGAUUUGAGGUGAAGCUGAAAAAUUUAGAGGCAGUGAUCUGUCUUUACUAUUCCUUUUUUAUGCAAUCAAUCAAUCAAUCAAUCAAUCAAUCAAUCAAUCAAUCAAUCAAUCAAUCAAUGAAAUUUUAUUUGUUUAGCACCUUUCAGCAACAAGGCAUUUCAAAGUGCUUUACAUCAUAAAACCACAAAAAUACAAAGUCAUAGAACACACAGCCAAUAACACUGCUUGCAGAGAAAUAGACCCUCAUGACGAUUCUGCCACCAUCGUGCUUGACAGUGGCAUAUUGGUCAGAAAACGUUUAACAAUCAGUUUAAUAGAUUAACAGUCAGGAUGAUGUUAACCAGUGAAAAGUUUUAACUUUUGUGAACCAGAAAAACCAAUGUUAUUGUUUAAAAUGAAUAUACUCAACAGUUCCUAAUAAUUUAAUAUGAUUCCCUGCGAUGUUUCUGUUUCUUUCUCCCUUUGCAGAAAAGAGAGAAAAAAUAUCUUAAGAUUAUAGGUGUGUGGGUCCUUCCUUCCACACCCCUGGAGUGGCAAUAUUUCUGCAGAAUUUAUUUGCAAAUGUUUAAAUCCAGCUUUACAUGCUUGUGUCAUGCACUCAAAACUCUCUUGUGUGUGCAAGGGAAUGUAUUUAAUGCUACCUUACAUUAACUUAACUUAACUCCUCCACUUUGUCAUUAUUAAUUUAUGAGCGCUGUUUGCUGCUUUUUACUGUCAUCGAUAUGGAAGACUUGAACAUUGUCUCACAAAAGGUUGUGAAUGACAAAGGAGCGCCCUCUAGUGGAAAUAUGUGUAACCGUAGCCUCCUAAAGUACCACACUUGUGUUAGGCUCAGUACAGAGACAGUUAUGUAAUUGCUAAUAAAUAAGUAAAUAAAAAUCAAUGGUACUGCUUCUUUUUACUUUAUUUCCUAAUUUUAAACAUGUUCCAACAUCAUUAGAAGGCACUACUAUUAACAGGUAAGAUAUUGUGCAUUCAAGAAAACGUGUCGUUUUAACGAACCCUAAUCCUGCAUUAAAGGAAACGUGUUGUAGGAAAUGUUAACAGAAAUGUGCUACAAAAACUAGUGCAACUCAAGCCAAGCAUGUUCAAACUGACAAUCAACCAAACAAUCUGGUAGUCUGAGCCUAAAUGAAAUAAAUUACAGAAUGGGUGUCAAACUACUGCCCAAUGAGGUUGAUGGGUGUCUUCAACUUUUAAGAUUGGAAAGUAACAUCUGAAAGGAAAACUCUUGAAGUUGCAGAGCCCUUCGCGAGCACUGUUGUUUGGCACUAUUGAGUGAGAAGAACUAAAAACUGCUUUGAAGAUGUGCAGCUGCAUGUUGUUAUGCUAUUAUGUGGUUAUGCUAUGUUUAACCUAAAAAUGGCAAUUUAACAGAUGUGCACAAAUAAGAAAUCCAAAAGUCUUUUACAAGACCUAGAGAUGCAGCAAUCGUUCAUUUCCUGGCCAAUAUCUUUCUGAUUUUCUUUGAGGUCUGAUAUGCUGAAUCUGAUCUGAUCCUGGGACAAUAACAAAGAAACUAUAGAUGUGCUGCAGGUUAGUAGUAGUUUUGAAUGACAUGUCCUCAACCUCUAAUUUUUAUUUUAAAAAAAUAAAAAAAAUUAUUAAGGUACAUGCUGUUGGUUGUUGCGAUCCAGGAAAUGGUGAAAGUUCUUAGAUUUGAUGAUUUUAAUAAAUAGGCUUUUUUUCCUCAGCUACUUAACCCGCUGAUCUCUGAUCAAGUCAAAGGUAAUAUUGGCUUAUUGUUGCGUCUCAAGUAAAUUACAAAGUUUCUCCCUGAAACAGUUUUCUAUACUAAGACAAUAGGAGCACCAUAACACUGGACAUAGGCAAUGAGCAGAACAAAGAUGCAUAUGAUAAGACCAAGAGUCAAACAGAGAUAGAAAAAAACAUCCAUUGAUCAAAGGUUGACCUUUUGUUUUCUGUUGAAAACCAAAGCAAUGCAUUUCAGAGAAUAGCAGCCAUAUAUCAGCUACAGUCAAUAUUAUCAGUGUUAAUCAAUGUGCUGUCAAUAUCAAGAACUGCACAGCCACCUCACUAAUGAAUGUAACAUCCAUUUUGGUGAUAGCUGGGCUUUUGGGGGAAAUUCAGUGUCUUUUUUUAAUACGAAUACAUGCAGAAACGACGCAAAAGUUCUCUACAGAGGGAGAUGUAAAACUGAUUUGGCACAGUAGAGUAAAGUAGCACAGCUUGUUCUUUUGAAAUAUUUCAGUCUUGUUA